AGCAUUGUGGUUGGCGCAAGCCGGAUGCGGAAUUUGUAUCGACUGGGAUUCGAACCCGGUUCGCCGCAUUGGAAGGCGAACGCUCUAUCCCCUGAGCCAUCGCGGCUCUCUUUAAACUUUUAGGGUGAAAAGCUGGAUGAAAAACAUUAAAACAAGUUUGGAUGUCUGAUGAAACACGGAGCAGUCUGUAAUUAUAACUUUUCAACGCCUUUCUGUUUCUUCGGCAAUCAAACUGGUUUCAAUGUUUUUAAUCCAGAGUUAAUCAGUAGUGGAAAAAAAUGAUCUCAAUGUUUCACAUGUAUAUCCAUGUAGUCCAGGAUAUCGUUAGAUUUCGACAGCACUUAUUUUUUUUACUAGAUUAAAUAUUAAUUUGAAACCGCUACCACGUAUACACUCUUUUUUUUUGUUGUUGACAAGAAUUCUAAGAAUGCAUGUUGAGAGUCGCGAUCAAUGAGGUCUUUGUUAGAGAUGUAAAAAAGGAACAAAUCUGCAUUAAUUCACUCACGAAUCGAAUAAAAUUUUUUUUAUAAAUUGCUGAGUUAAAUUCGAAUAAAAUCAAUUCAUAUUUGCAAGUGAAAUUUAAAUAUUAUAACAUAAUGUUUGUGGUUCCUUCGAUCUUCGCCUUUUUUUUAAAAACUUUAUUUCGUUUCAAGGAAUUAUGUGUACCUAGAGAUAAUUACUACAAAUUGAUUUUUUUCAUUUAUUUUUAGAUUUCCAUUAAGAACAUUUAAAAAAUCUUGAUAUGCCAGUUUGAUAUUAUCACUGUAACUUAUUGCUGAUUAACGUAUACUCUAGAAUACUGCAACUUCUUAGAACGUAAUUGGAAAAAAAAACUAUAAAAAUUAGUAUUUAAGGGUGCAGAGUUCGAAAUCGGCUAUACUGCCCUUUUAAGGCUAUUUCAUACUGCCUUCGGUAGGCUAUACUGCGCCUUUUAAUAAUGUUUUCCAUUUUUAUUUUCCUAUAUCGACCAAAGUAAAUUCAGUUGAAAUAUUUUAGUAAUUUUAAUGUAUUUUUUUAGAGUUGCGGUUAACUCAGUGAAUAGUGCAUUCGCCUUCAAAUGAGGGAGCCCGGGUUCGAAUCUCAGCAUCGGUUGGUUGAUACAAAUUCUAUUUCCGACUCACACCGGCCACAGUGCUGACGUAAAAUAUCCGCAAUAGAAGACGAAACAUGAGUUAGAAUCCCCUUGCCGUCGGGCUAACCAUGGAGGUUUUCCUCUUGAUUUAACGCAAAUGCGAGCCAGCUCCAUCAAAAAGUCCUCCUCGGAGGCUAGUUGUCUCAAUGCUUGAUCCAGGAGCUCCCUUAUCUUUUUGAUUGUGUUCAAAAUUACAAGUCUGCGGAGUUUAGCAUUAAUAGUCGUGAACUCAAAAUUGGGUCGGCUUUCAUAAAAUAAAAUAAAUAUAUUUUUUUAGAAAAUGUUAAAAAAAAGUAAUGUUAGACAAAUUACAUUAAUAAUUAUUUAUUACCAACUUUUAUCAUAGAUGUUAAAAAUCUACAAAUGGUGAAUGUGAUCUUUUUACAACUGAUAAACAUCAGCUGUAAUAAUUAACAUCGCAUUCAACAUGAAUAGUUUUUUUUUUUAAUUUAGCAAUUCAUCAUUAAAAAAUGAUUUCAUUUACUAUUCUGGGAAAAAUAUUCUAAUAACAGCUUGCCAUUAUUUAUUACCAGCUUUUAUCAUAGAUGUUAAAAAUCAACAAAUGGUGAUCUUUUUAUAACUGAUAAACAUCAGCUGUAAUAAUUAACAUUGCAUUCAACAAGAAUAUUUUUUUUUAAUUUAGCAAUUCAUCAUUAAAAAAAUGAUUUCAUUUACUAUUCUCGGAAAAAUAUUCUAAUAACAGCUUGCCAUUAUUUAUUACCAGCUUUUAUCAUAGAUGUUAAAAAUUAACAAAUGGUGAUCUUUUUACAACUGAUAAACAUCAGCUAUAAUAGUUAACAUCACAUUCAACAUGAAUAGUUUUUUUUUUUAAAUUUAGCAAUUCAUCAUUAAAAAGAUGAUUUCGUUUACUAUUCUGGGAAAAAUAUUCUUAUAACAGCUUGCCAUUAUUUAUUACCAACUUUUACAACUUAGAUGUUAAAAAUCAACAAAUGGUGUAUGUGAUCUUUUUACAACUGAUAAACAUCCGCUGUAAUAAUUAACAUCACAUUCAACAUGAAUAGUUUUUUUUUAAAUUUAGCAAUUCAUCAUUAAAAAAUGAUUUCAUUUACUAUUCUGGGAAAAAUUAUUCUAAUAACAGCUUUGAGAAACCAGUAAUUAUUAAUUUCUGUAGAAUAGCGUAAAACGCUGGUCGUCGUGGGGGGUUGAUGCGCCGAAUACAUACCUAGGCAAAAAGCCAAUAUUUAUUCCUUCGCUGGAAAAGACGGUAAAAUGGAAAAAAUAAAGGAAGGAGGGGAUGGGUAGGUUUAAUUUUGGCACCGAUACUAGCGGCACCUGUCCAUUAACCAGACGACGUGCAGAAAGUUGAACGAUUCUUUUUUGUUCACAUUUUCAACAGAUGCUACAAUUGGAAUACAUCCUAUUAUUGAAGCUGAUUUCCAAAUUUACUAAAAAUUGAAAAACAUAUUUAGGAGUUAACCAUUAUUGCAAGCAACUGUUUUAAGAAAAAAUGUAGAAGCGUUAUUGUGAGUCAAUUAUUUUGUUAUGAAGACAAAUUACGACAAUUACAGACGGAUAUUUUAAUAAAGAUGGUUGUUGGUUUAAUGAGGAGAUAGUAUCAUCACCUGGAUGGAUGAAGUCACGUGGUCGGCUGGGAGCUUGCGACUUGUACCCUAUACUCGCGAGUCGCUUGCUCGCCAAGAGAGUAGGUGCAGAUCUGCAGAAGCUCGUCGAGAAGAGCAUGGAUUUAAAAAAGAGAGGGCCACCAACUUACCCGAGAGAGAAUGUGUUUGCAUCGCACCAGAUUUGCUACCUUCCAAAAUAUUUUAUACCCCGUUAGAAGAUGUUGGCCAGUUUGGAUUAGAUAAGACUUUCUGCGUGAUUGCAAAAAGGUCUUCCAGUUAUUAUUUGUACAGAUAUUCUGCCGAAGAUUCAUUAUUUCUUUUUAGCCCAUGGUCCAUAAUUAGAAGAUAUGCAAUUAGAAUUUCUUGUCACAGGUAUUUUGAAUUAGUGGUUAUGACCACAAUUCUUAUCAACUGCGUCUUCCUAGCUCUAUCACAGCCAAUUGAAGAGACCGAAUACGUGUUUCUUGUCAUAUAUACCAUUGAAAUGAUAAUCAAAGUAAUUGCCAAAGGUUUUAUAUUAAAUAAAUAUUCUUACUUGCGAAAUCCAUGGAAUUGGCUUGAUUUUAUUGUAGUACUUUCUGGGUAUAUUACCCUGAGCUUACAAGCCAUAGGGGUAGCUAUAGGAAAUUUAUCCGGACUUCGCACAUUUCGAGUGCUCAGAGCUCUUAAAACAGUGUCAAUAACUCCAGGACUUAAAACUAUAGUCAAUGCCAUGCUGCAUUCAAUGGGGAUGUUGCUGGAAGUUAUGACAUUAACAGUGUUUUGUUUGAUGGUUUUUGCACUUCUUGCUUUGCAGCUUUACAUUGGAUUAUUACGACAAAAAUGUGUUAGAAGUUUCACAUUCGGGAAUAUUUCUCAUCGAGCUUAUCAUCUUCAUGUCAGUAAUCGGUCAUCAUGGCUUUUGGACGUCGAUGGACAACCAACUGUGUGUGGGAACAAAACAGGAGCUAGGAACUGCCCAGAAGGAUAUGUUUGUCUUCCAAACUUAGGAGAAAACCCGAAUUUCGGUUACACAAAUUUUGAUUCCUAUGGCUGGGCUUUACUUACUGCAUUCCAACUUAUCACUUUGGACUACUGGGAAGACGUAUAUAACAAGAUUAAUGCCACGACAGGUCCUACAAGUGUGUUCUUCUUCAUGCUUGUCAUAUUUUUUGGUUCAUUUUAUCUCAUCAAUUUAACACUUGCUGUGGUAGCUAUAGCCUACGAAGAGGAAGCUGCAACAACUUUAAGAGAGCAAGAUCGCAUUCGCAGAUUUAGAGUGAGUUUUCCAACACGAUUGUAUUCAACAUUUCUGGCCUUACGAGCUCAAACUCAGGUGUUUAGACAUCCUUUUAGCAGAGUUUCUCAACAACCGCAGAGAUGGUGCAGUCCAAGAAAGGGUGCUGGGCUUCCCAAUUCCACAAGAAUUACUACUACGAAAAUACCUGUACCUAGAAGUGAGUCCUUCAGAACAACGCAACCCACUGCUCAAAGUCGAGUUUUUACUCCUGGUGAGACUUUAUAUGAAGAAGAUGAAGACGAAGAGUGUUCCUCUCGACGACAUGCGAAGUCUUCUACUUCCACGUGCUUAGGAGAUACACCGGAUAUUGUGAUCAGUACAGGAGGAACCCUUCCAUCUCUUGGCAGAGUAUUACGAGACAACUCACGACAAAAUGAAACAGUCAGAGGCUUUGAUGAACGCAUUAGAAGAUCCUCAAGUGAGCUCAACUUUUCAGCUUCGCGGUUUAGAGAAUAUUUUGGCAACUUUUGUCAUCAGUGUACUAGAUUAUGUCAGACAUCUCUGCGAGCUUUUGCACAUUUCAGGCACUAUUUGGCGGUGACGGUCAAUGACUCACUCUUCGAUUUGGUGAUCACCGUCUGUAUUUUGCUCAACACUCUUUUCUUAUCCAUUGAACAUUAUGGAAUGACGCCAUGUACAGAGAGAAUUUUGCGUCUUGGUAAUCUGGUUUUUACUGUAAUAUUUUGCCUGGAAGCCUGCGUUAAGAUGCUUGCUUUAGGUCGUGAAUAUUUCCUCAGCAAUUGGAAUCUUUUUGAUUUUAUUGUCGUCAUGGUUAGCCUUGCUGAUCUCAGUUUUGAAACCGUCGGGGGAUUAUCAGUUCUUAGAACAUUCAGACUGCUGAGAGUGGUAAAAUUAGCUCAAGCUUGGCCAACAAUGCGAUUACUGCUAACGAUUAUUGCGAGUACCCUAAGCGCUGUUGGAAAUAUGACAUUGGUUCUAGCAGUCAUCGUAUACAUAUUCGCAAUUUUAGGGGUGCAACUCUUUAGUGACAUUUAUACAGAAGAAAACUUUGCUCCUGGGCCAGUGCCAAGGUGGAAUUUUACAGAUUUCUGGCAUUCACUUUUAAUGAUAUUUCGAAUUCUAUGCGGAGAAUGGGUGCAGCCAUUAUGGGAUUGCAUGAGAGCUUCCGGUGAGAAGUAUCAAGUCUGCAUCGUUCUUUUUCUCGUCGCUUUAACGAUGGGAAAUUUUCUUGUGCUCAACCUCUUUCUUGCCAUGCUUCUUAACUCCUUCAACUCAAAAGAGCUCAAUCAAAAAAAGAAAGAGGCAACCAGUUCUGAUUCAAAACUGCUGAAAGGAUUUCGACGGAUUAAAGGAGUCAUUAGUCGGGGUAAUGCAGAAUGGACUGACGAAACUCCCGAAGAAUACGUGUUUCAAAAAAGAAGGAAAACUGAACCUCAAAUGUCUGAACGACCUGAAUCUCCAAGACGAGCCAGUGACAUCGCGGCUGUAUUCCAUCAGCAACUUCGUCAGAAUCGAGAGACAAGCGUACUUGCUGUUCCCAACAGAAUACCCGAAACGGAAGUACACGUAUCUUUGCCAACUGUGGAAAUGGUCGAGCAGGAUUCCCAAAAUUCUACAAGAGAUGUGACGCCAUCAAAGUCUCAAACGUCUUCUACAAAAGUAACAGAGCCACCAAACUGUUUCCCGAUUUAUUUUUAUGGAUGGUUCGAUCCUGAAGGCCGUCCUUUUUACAAAUACUGGAAACUAAGUCGACGACUGAUUCUUAGGAUUUGUGAUCACAAAGCGUUUGAAUACAGUGUUCUUGUACUCAUAUUUUGUAGUAGCAUUGUUCUAUGCUUUGAAGAUGUAUUUCUGCCUGAGAAACCUCAAAUGAUGAUGAUUCUUGGACACCUCAAUUUGUUUUUCACGGCUUGUUUUGUUCUCGAAGUCCUAUUGAAAUGGGUGGCUUAUGGAUUUGUUGUAUAUUUCAGCAGUCUUUGGACAACAUUAGAUUUUACAAUCGUUUGCGUGUCAGUAGUAAGCAUAGUUGCUGAAAGCUCUGGUUCUGGUUUAUAUGCUUUACGUGCAUUUAGAACUCUACGAGCUUUACGACCUCUCAGAGCUAUAUCUCGGUGGGAAGGAAUGAAAAUUGUAGUCAAUGCUUUGAUGUCAGCAAUACCGGCUAUUUUCAAUGUGUUGUUGGUGUGCCUUGUCUUCUGGUUAAUUUUCAGCAUAAUGGGAGUACAAUUUUUCGGUGGUCGUUUCUAUCGGUGUGUUGGAGAAGAUGGACAAACAUUGCCGGUCAACGUCACAUCAAACGUGGAACAGUGCCUAAGCCUGAACUAUUCAUGGGUGAACAGAGAUAUCAAUUUUGAUAAUGUUGGGAAUGCCUAUCUGGCUCUUUUCCAAGUUGCAACAUUUGAAGGCUGGACAGAAGUAAUGGAAUAUGCAACUGAUGCAACUGAAGUUGGUCAACAGCCUUACACCGAAGCAAAUUUCCCUGCAUACAUAUAUUUUGUUACUUUCAUCAUUUGUGGUUCUUUCUUUACGCUCAAUCUCUUUAUUGGUGUCAUCAUCGACAAUUUCAACAUGCUAAAGAAAAAGUAUGAAGGAGGCAUCGUAGAAAUGUUUUUGACUGAGAGUCAAAAGGCAUACUAUACUGCUAUGCUGAAGCUUGGACGUCGCAAACCUCAACGAAUUGUCACCCGUCCGCACAAUGUUUAUUUACAAGUAUUCUAUGACGUGGCUAUGAGCAGAAGAUUCGAGAUGAUUGUCUUUCUUCUAAUUGUCUUGAACAUGAUUGCUAUGACAGUGGAACAUUACCAGCAGCCCGAGCAAAUUACAUCUAUCUUAGAUAAACUCAACAUUGCAUUCACUUUUUUAUUCUGCAUCGAGGCCAUCAUUAAAAUAAUUGGUUUGCGGCAGUAUUAUUUCACAUUUCCAUGGAAUGUCUUUGAUUUGACUGUAAUUGUCAUGUCUGUAGUAGGUAUUGUUUUCGAAGAAGCCCUCAGGACACUAGUAAUAAGCCCCACGCUUCUCCGAGUCAUUCGACUCAUACGCAUAGGGAGGAUUCUCCGACUGAUCAAAGCUGCGAAAGGAAUUCGAAAGCUUCUCUUCGCUCUUGUUAUAUCUCUACCAGCUCUAUUCAACAUUGGUGCCUUACUUUUUCUGAUUACAUUUGUUUACGCCAUCGUCGGAAUGUCCAUUUUUGGUCAUGUUAAAAUUCCAGAGUUAGGAAGUGUAGGUGGGGGACUGUCUGAAUUAAUAAAUUUUCAAACAUUCGCCAACAGCAUGGUUCUUCUUUUCCGAUUGGCGACAUCAGCAGGUUGGAACGAUGUUCUCGAUAACCUCAUGAUUCAGCCACCUAAUUGUGAUCCACUUUAUUUAAAUUUACCAAAUGGCAAUUGUGGUCAUCCGACUAUCGCCAUCAUUUAUCUUGUUACUUACAUCAUCAUCAACUUCAUGGUCAUCAUCAAUAUGUAUAUCGCCGUUAUUUUAGAGAACUUGAGUCAGGCCAGUAAAGAAGAUACUGGCAUUUCUGAAGAAGACAUCGAGAUGUUUUAUGUUUGCUGGUCGCAAUUCGAUCCCAACGCAUCGCAAUUCAUCCGUCACUGCCAGCUUUCGGAUUUCGUAGCUUCGUUGGAUCCUCCACUGGGAAUCGAGAAGCCUAACGAGCCUGCAUUGGUCGCGAUGGAUCUCCCAAUAGCUUCAGGAGAUAGGAUCCAUUGCCUAGAUAUCCUACAUAGUCUCGUGAAUUUGGUGUUAGGUGAUGUUGAAGACACUGAAGAAUUCCGUGUCAUACGCCGACAAGUUGAUCAAAGGUUUAGGAAAAGCUUUCCUACUAGAAAUCUUGUUGAAAUUGUUUCAACUACUCAUAAGAGAAAGCAACAGGAUAAUGCUGCCAGAGUGAUUCAGAAAUCGUAUAAAAAACACAUAUCCAAUUUAAAAUCUAGGACGAAAAGCGAUGACUUAUAAUUCGAAGUACAUCAAUAAAUAUUACGCAACUAAUAUUAUUCUGUGUGCUAAUGGUCAAACUUUCUUCACAUAAGGAAAUCUGAAAAUGCACCUGCAAAAUUCAUCAAGUUUCCUUAAUAUAAAACUAGAAUAACAAAGAGAGAAACUGCCUUAUAGGCAUGAAAAGCAACAAAAGACGUCUUUACUUUGUUAAUAACUGUUGCACUAUGCAUGUGCCUUAUUACUAUACUGUUGAAUUUUAUCAAAGCACAAACUGAAUGUUGCGAUAAGCUUUUUUAUUUAAGGUAUUUCAAUUUGAAAAUUCGUUGUUACUCAUUUCUAUUUAAAUUUAAUUUAUCGAAUAAUUUUGCAAUGUAUAAAUUUUAAUAUCAAUUCAACCUGACUAACUAACAUAAUUUUCCACUUUCAAAAUUAAUUUGUCAUUUUAGAUUCUAAAUUUAACAAUCUUACAUCUUUUAACGUAUUCCAUAUUUGAAUUUCAUUAAUUAUUGCCAUUCCUGAUAUGAGUUAAUAGUUUCAUUUCCUAUAGUUAAUAACACUAACCACUUAUUUAAUGCAUAUAUUGUUUAAGAGAUUAAUUUUAAUUCAUUUGAAAUAAAAAUAUCUUAUGAACAUUUUUAUUGAUUUUGUAACAGAUCUGAGCAAAAUAUCAUUCGUAUUAUUAAAUAUCUUAGUAAAUAUUAUUCUUUGUAAUAGCAAUUACAUUGGGCAUGAAAUCAAGAUUAUUUGUAGUAAUGUAAUAAUUGUAAUCAUAUAUCAUGAUAUUGUAAACUAUGAUAGCAAGUAAUCAGUAUUGUAAUAAACUACAUAAUGCCCACAUUUUUCGUAAUAACUGAAUGUAUGAUCUGAACAAAAACUGACAAAAUUCCAAAUUUAAAAAGGUAUUUACAUUUAUAAGGUUUCUGCGUUUUUCAAUUUCUAAUAAUUACAAGUAAUCAUAGAUCAUGAUAUAAUAAAUUAUAAUAACGCUUCUUGCUAACAAUUUGCGUUCUUUUUCUGUUUUUGUAAAUACUAUAUACAUUUUUAGAAACGAAAAUACAUUGGCAUGAUUUAUUAUAACUAUUAAUGUAUUACUUCUUUUAUUUUUUUUCUAGCGAUGAAUCAUUUUCAUUUAAAUAUUACUUUUUAAAUGCUAACUUAAGACACAGAAAAUUCGCCACUUUCCAUUACUUUAAUCCGUUUUUGUUUUCAUUUUCCACUCAUGAAUCUCCAUGUAUGAUUUCCAUUUUCUUUUUAUAUAAGGAAUUUAGUCUCAUAAUUAAAUGUAUUGUUCUCUUAUCCUUUAUGUAUUUCUCAACCGAAAUAAUUUCUUGUGUAUUUAUUAUACCAUAUUUUAAUAAACGUAAAGCGAUAUAUACCGACGAAAAAGUAUGCUAGACCACGUAAUCAACUUUUAAGAAAAAUUUACUAACUGGUUUACAAUAUAUACAUUUGAGAUCAAACAGUUAGUAAAUGCAUUAAACAAAAAUAUAAUGAUAAGUUUCAAAAUGCAGAUAUCUGAAAAGAUAUUCUAACAAAGUAUCGUUUUUAGUAUUAAAAAUAGGGUAUUUUUGAGUUAAAUGCUGGAUUAUAAUAACAUUUCUUUUGUACAUUCUUAGAAAACUUAGAGUGCAAUGAACCACAAUAUCGUUUACUUUUCUGUAACCUCAACUAAAAGCUAAUAUGAACCAUAUUUUCAAGCAAAUUAAACCAGUUUAACCGCGAUUUCACGAAACUAUGGUUUAAGUUAAAAAAUAGUUCAAUUUGGAACAUUAUUAGGAUAUUAAAAAUUUGCUUAGAUUUUAUGAUGCAGGAUAUUUUUGUUCAAUACAGAAAAGAUUUUUCUAAGAGCAAAUUUUUGUAUGAAUAAAGCAACAGUGAGUGUCUUAAAAUAAUUUUAGAUUAUAUGUUUCUUUAGUUUUGUAUUAUUUUUACGUUGAUAUUUCUCACCAAAUUUAUGUUACUAUUUACAUAUUUCACUUUUGUUAAUGUAGAAUAUCUGAAAAGUAAAGUGUUUUCUUCAAAGA